AUGUACAAUAGUCUAUAUGACAUUGUUAUCAUAAUAAACAUUAUCUAUCAGAAUUAUGCUUGGUCUGCGAUUCUAUCUCAUUGUCUCGUACAUCAUCGUCAUCAUCAACCAUCUAUAGGCCAUCAUUUAUUACGUAUUGAACAUUCAAUUCAUAAUGAACAAAUAUGUGAACAUAAAUGUUCAACUGAUCAUUUAUGUUCAAUGGCAACAUUUAAUCGACGAUAUCAUCGUUGUCAUCUAUUUCAACAUCAUCAUCAUCAUCAUCAUCAUCAAAAACAUUCACUAUCACAUCCCUAUCGAUUUAAUCGCGUUUUUUCGACAUUUGCCGAUUGUACUCAAAGAUUUUCUUUAUCUCAAACAGAACGAGUGUCAAUUGUUCAUUGCGAUUAUGAUUCAUUACCAUGGCAACGUGCUGUAAGAGCACGAUCGAUUAUAUUUCAAUCUUAUACGUUGAUUGGUAUUUCUUAUUUACCUUGUCAAGAACUUUGUUCAUCGGUUCGGCAUUGUGCUGCUGUACAAUUUCAAGCGCGAGGUUUACAUCGUAAUCGAUGCCGAUUAUUACGUUCAGCUAAACCAUGGGAUCUUCUACCGACUAAAACAUGGACUGUGUUUGUCAAACGAUCAUGUCAUGUACAGAUCAGCCAAAAUGAAUUAUUCCUUCGAGAUACUCAACCUUUAUGUAAUUUUAAAUAUGUUGGUCAAGGUCAACAGUAA